AUGAAGGCGGCUGUUGCCCUGCGGCUGCCCACUGCCCACCCUCUCGUCGCAUUUCUUCUUGUGCUGGUGGCCUUUCAUGUCGCUGAAGAGCCAUGGCCACUGACUGUGCAGGCUGCGCGCCGUCCCACUGAGAAACGGGCCCAUGGGCCCAGCACUUAUCCCCGCGACUACUACCUCGGCGAGUAUGGCGCGCGCUGCGUUGGUAACGUGACAGGGGCCGUCACCCCCGACGACGCUGCAGAGCGCCUCGCCUGCUUCUCCGGUCGGGGCGUUCGCGUAGCGUUGCUCGACACCGGCUUGUGCGCCGGCAUCACUGAGCGCAGCCGUAACUCCGUUACCUGCACAAGCGUCGUGCCUGGCGUGGCGUGCGAAGAUGCUGGCUGCGCCCAUGGGACGCGCAGUGUGAGCGUUCUAGCAGGACAGCUCUCUGUGUCUCCACCGCUAGACAGAGAGCCACCUGAGGAGACUGCGUGGCGCCGCAGUGGAAGGCACAUCCUCUCGGCUGGUCAGUACAUCGGACUCGCCCCUGGCGCCACGGUGCGCGUGUUUCGUGUCUUCGAUAGACAAGGCCGCACACACCAACGCUACCUCGCUCGCGCUCUAGGUGUGCUGCUGCGUGAAGCUGAGGACAGUGAAGUAGGUCGCCUAAAUCGUACGUGGGACACACCAAGUGCACACAUCCGCCGCCGCGACGAGACCGUGGAUGUAAUUAACCUGUCCUACGGUAGCGAGGACUACUACAGCAACUCGCAGGUGCAGAGCAAGCUGUAUCGACUGAUGCAUGAGCACGGCGUCGUCGUCGUAGCGGCCUCUGGCAACGAUGGCGUGCGCUUUGGCAGCGUGCGAAGCCCUGCUGACAUGCCCGGUGUGUUGGCCGUCGGUGCCCUUCGGGUUGAAGGGCACGGCAGGACGGCGCAGACGUCACGCACUCUCGACACCAAUGCACAGGGUAACCCCGCCGCAGGCGCUCUCGGCGACCUCGCCGACUCUUUUGCUGCCGGUGGCGGUCACAAGUCGGUUGCCCAUUUCUCUGGGCGUGGCCCUACCACGUGGGAGCUGCCAUUUGGCGCUGGACGCGCAAAGCCAGACCUUGUCGCCCUCGGCCAACACGUGUGGACUGUCCAAGGCGUGUCGGCAGCGGCAUUCUCCACUGCAGCGCCACAGAGGCGUAGAGCUGCACCUGCGCUGCAGCUGCGCUCCGCGUCUGGAACAAGUAUUGCAGCCCCUAUCGUAGCCGGAGUCGUAGCACUCUGUCUCGAGGCGGCAUGGUCGUCCGCGUCAGCUGCAGCAUCAAUGAAAAACACCACCGACGAUGGCGCUUACCUCGAUGUACGUCACAAUCGACUCGCUCGCGUUUCCGAUUCACUGCUGGUGCGUGAGGCAAUCUUACGGACAGCCAUUCCUCUGGAAGACACCGCGGCAUCGCUGCCGUCAUGGCCUUACUCAGCACCCGUCACACCUUCACACAACGACUCCUCCUCGACUACGUCAGCUAAGCAUCCUCGCCGCCGGGUGCUGGCGGGGGUGCCGCUACUACAGCUUUACGCCCGCUACCUUCACCUGUCACGAGUCAGCAUCCUAUCUCAAGGUGCGGGCGAGGUGCAGCCACUCCGCGCCCUGCAUGCCAUCGUCGCAAGGUCGCUUGCGUCCUCGGCCAGCAAUGAACCAGAUGCACUGCGCAGCUGCACCUCUUUCGCCAUACCGCCAUCGGUGCGCAUGGGUUGCGGGAUUUCAAGUAGUAGCCGCAGCAGCCGCAUCCCGCAGAGUUGUCAGGCUUCUCAUGAUCCCGACGGAAAGGCUCACGGCGGCGCGCCGUUGCAGGGACUAGCCGGCACGUCCCUCGCCGCGUACUGGUGGCCCUUCUCCGACCAGCUGGUCUACCCGGGCGCCACACCCGUGCUGCUGAAUCUCUCUCUCCACCUUUGCCCCUCCUCUUCGCCCGAAUCCACGGAUCACGGUGCGCAUGUCGCCGCCACCGCCGCGGCAAGUAGCAGAGCCGCACGUCUUGAGUCAAGGGCGCGGUAUACCCACGUUACGUACGUACUCACCAAGGUAAGUGGGUAUGUGCGCACACGUGAAGGUCCUCCAUCAGAGCACCGUAGUUACGACCAUGGCGCCCGUCCGCUCCUCCUUUUCCUUCAGGAUGAGCAAAGCCACCACCGUGUGCGCCACACAAGUUUGACGCGCAUCCCGAACUCGACAGCAUGGAAUGCCUCUCACCGCGCAUCAUCAUCUACUGAAGGGAACGUGGAGGGAACGGAGGCUACGGUGAUGGGGCCGCGACACACACGAGCAGAUGUGCGUUCAUCAGCGAAGCGGCGGAGCGCGCAGCAACGGUGGUUGCAGCACCUUCUACGCGUGGAAACCGAGCUAACACCAGUGGCACACAGGUCUCCGACACGGCCAAGCGUGGGAAAGCAGCAGCCACAACCGUUGUCACCGCCGCCGACAUCCUUCAGCCUCUCCGUUGCCAUCUCCUCCCCCUCAUCUGCAAGCACGCGCCUCUGCUACGACGUGGCGCGCGAGACAGUGACACUGUGGCGGAAGAAAAGGGAGAAAUCGCCAGAUACCGAGAAGGGCACAACUGCUGGUCGGAGCUCCGCCGAUGGCGACGACAGUCAUGACGAGCAGCACACGAGGGACGGUACGCAGAUACCGGAAGACCACGGCAGUUGCGUUCCGCUCUUUCACCUGUUUCGCGCACUGGAUGUGGAAGGUGCGCUGCACAUCUUCACUGGUGGCUCCGUCUCGCAGCUCACAUUGGUAGUGCCAUUCACUGUUCGCGUUGUAGAGCCACCGCCCCGCGUACAACGGGUGUUGAUCGACACGAGCCUCGACUGGUUUAACCCUACGACAGCCAGCUCGAGCUUGUUCAUCGCUGGCGAUGACCCACACGAGUCUGCCGCUGGCGGUGUAGGCGCGGCACGGCGACGUGGACAACAUCGCCAGAGUCACGAGCGCGCCUAUGCCGAGGCUGCUGGCGGCGACCACCCUUACACAAACCUCGUUCUGCUAUGGCUCUACUUGCGCCACACACUGGGAAUGGCGGUGGAGACGUUCCCGCUACUGCACACGAGCACCAUGACCACCCCGAUCGCAGCUGGCAGCAGCUCCGAGUUCUCGUCCUCCGCAACGCGAGCCUUCAAGGACUCUCACAUUGCGCAGAGGGCACUAGCAGACGCACUGGCACACGUCGGCACUCUGAUCAUCAUCGACCCCGAGCGACCACUGACACGCGAUAUGCGACGUCUCCUGACACAUGCGGUGCUCGGCGGAGGCGCGAACCACUCCGCGGACGGCCUCAACGUUCUUCUGGUGACAGACUGGUACAGCGCCGAUAUGGCGGCGCAGCUAUACUGGACGCGGGACGAAAGUCUGGACGAGGCGGAGCGCUCCUCCCGCCGCAGCGACACCGACGCGGCGGAGGAAGCGACCGGCGUCGGUGGCGACAGGGAUACUGUGCGCAGCAUGCGAGCGUAUAGGCAAUUGAAAAAUGGCACUACCCGUGGCCUCGCCGGCACCAGUCACGUGCCAUCGUGGAACCGAUGGCUGUGGGAGGUGAUGGUCGCGUCGGGCAGUACGGCGCACAGCAGCGGCUGCAAUCACGCCACUAACGUGAGCAGCAAAGAACUUUUCGAUGGACCGCCUGAGUUACCCUUUGAGCUAAGCGAGACGAUUGUGAUAGACGGCGUGCUGGUAGUCAAUGCCGCCGCCCCGACAUGGGAAGGCGGGCCUGAGACCAACGCAACCGCUACGUAUGGCGGUGGCACCGCCACCUUGGCGAAAGCGGUCGCGGUCCGCUCGCUUGGGCAGCUCAAAGCAGCCGGCGUGCUGCAGUGGCGUCUUCCCACGCGACCAAGCGGGCAGCAGCUGGCAGGGGGAGUAGCCGUGACCGGUGCUCUGAAAGGACUACACGAGACCAGCCCUCAGCCGGGCGUUAACGACACCUGUCGCACCAGCUACGUAUUCAGCAUACCAGCAGCGCCUUCAACGCAGGAAGGUGAGGCUGUCAUAUGCAAUGUCAUGCCAAGCUGGGCGCAGCAGCAGCGGCGCCUCGUAAAGCGCACCAUCCUCAGCACAGGAAAUGGCUCGGUACCUGCGUCUGCACAGUCAGGGAGUGCAGCAGGUGGCGGGGCGACGGUUGUUGAGGAUGACUGGGAAGAGUUCUCUGGGACAUACCGAGAGGGGGGAGGUCAGGGCCACAUCGGCAGACUGGAAGCGGUCGAGAUCGGCACACCGCCACCAGCAUCAACUGACGCCGGCAAGGACACACAGCGCCUCACGCAUGGCGUGCUGGGCUUUCUGACGCUUCCACCACCUUCCACACGCGUUGCCACCGCCUCAACCAGCCGAUUCCGACCUGGACGAAUAGCCAUCUUCACAGACUCGGACUGCCUUUCCGCCUCGGACUACAAUGUGCAAGCCGCUCUGGAUGAGCUGGAAGUCAUUCUUUACCCGCCAUCCGCAUCGUCGUCGUCACCCGCGGCGGUGUGUGCUACGUGGGACUGCUUUGUACGCUCCCCUGAUGGACAGCGGCUCCUCCAAGCAGAGUCGACGCAGAGCUCCGUGUGCGUCGAAGUGGUGAAGGAGCUUCUUCUGUGGACUCACACGGGAAGCCUGCAUCACUGGCGGGACUCUGCGCAACUGCAGUGUGAGGAGCGUACGUGGGCACGUGCUGUGCAUCGGCCCAGUGCAGACACCACUAACCCCAGCACAGCCACGGCGCUCGAGGUCGAAGCAGGGCUGGAUAGCGUUGAUGGUGGUCGAGAAACAACCAGCUUCGACGAGCUGCUCGAGACGGCGCCAGAGCGCGCGCACGUUGGGGAGGCGGUGUGGCGAUUAUGGGCUGCGUUGGUGAAAAACACGGCACAUGAUGCAUCGCCGCUGGAUGUCUGCGACACGGAAGACGGGGCCCACUUUCAACGCGACUUCGCAUCUGAUCAGGCAAGCGCCGCAGCUGAAGUGAUACGCGCCUUGAUGAUGAACUACCAUGGAGACUGGCAUGUGCAUCUGUUGGACAAUAAUGUGUUGUCGCCAGCCACGGGGGCCACAGGCAACUUGUACUUGCAGCCCCCACGCAUCCCGAGCAGCCAGCGGAGGGGUCUUCCAGCGAUGCAGCACCCAGCAGAGCGCACCCCUUUGAUAGAGAGUCUGCUGCCAUUGGGCGACCUGCUCAACGCCCUGCGGUGGCUGCAGCAUCCGAUAGUGCUUGGCCAGCUCAUGGUCGGUGCAGCGGUAUUGCUCAGCAUGUGGUUGUGGCGUGCGUUGGUGGUCGUCGUGAGGGGGAGGGGGGACGGAGAAGCCAACGUGCAUGGCUGCCCGCUGCUGAGCUCGUCAACCGCAACUAGGCGCUCUUGA